UAGAACUACUGACGUUCUAAAACUACAAUUCCCAGAGAUCUUAGAGGCGGCGCCUCUGAGAUGCGUCUUCUUUUAAGCCCGCCCGGGCAAGCCACCUGCUUCAAGGCUCUCUGAAGAGUAUCCAGGCAGUACCUCAGGUCCUUUAGGCUUCCUUGCCUCCAUCUUGCACCGUGCAGGUUUUGGAAGACAAGAGCUGCUUCUUACACGUCCGGUUAGCUUCAGCCUCCUACAGAGAGGCAAUGCCGAGACCCCGGAAGAGGCAGGCUGGGGCCGCUGGUCCAGACAAGAAGCAGCUAUCUGGAAAACGCACCAAAACUGAAAACUCAGAAAGUGCAUCAGUUAAGCUAGAGAAUUCCAGCCUUGAGAAGACUACAACCUUUAAAACCUGUGGCAAAAACUUAAGCAACUACUGGCUGAUGAAGUCAGAGCCAGAAAGCCGGCUAGAGAAAGGUAUAGACAUGAAGUUCAGCAUCGAGGAUCUCCAAGCACAGCCCAAGCAGACAACUUGCUGGGAUGGUGUUCGCAACUAUCAGGCUUGGAACUUCCUCAGGGCCAUGAAACUGGAGGAUGAAGCCUUCUUCUACCAUAGCAACUGCAAACAGCCAGGCAUCGUGGGACUUAUGAAGAUUGUAAAGGAGGCUUACCCAGAUCAUACACAGUUUGAGAAAAAUGACCCCCAUUACGAUCCAUCCAGCAAAGAGGACAACCCUAAAUGGUCAAUGGUGGAUGUACAGUUUGUUCGGAUGAUGAAGCGCUUCAUCUCCCUGGAUGAGCUGAAAACCUAUCACCAAGCCCACAAAGCAACUGGUGGUCCCUUAAAAAGCAUGACUCUCUUCACCCGCCAGAGACUUUCAGUUCAGCCUCUGACUCAAGGUAAGGAAGGUCCUAAACAUGGAGCAGUGGUGUCCUCACUUGAACCACAUGCUGCGCAUACUGUCGCUGUUAGUACUCAGUACCAGAUAUCCCAGUUUUCUAAUGGACAUCAGCACUGCAGAACCGCCCUCAGCCUCUCGGUGCGGGAGAUGGUAAGCACCUCAGUCUCACCCCCACACCCCUCCCCACUUUUUUUGUAGAAGAAUUUGAUUUUAUUUUGAGCCUGGAGGAAGCAGAACCAAGUUAAUCAGAAGGCUCUACUAAUGGAUGGAGUGACCGCACCGAGAUUUUCUGAGACAGCAGGAGAAAGCUUGCUGUUUCAACUGGGGAUCAUAUGCAUGGGUGGUUUAAUUUUCCCAAUAAAGAUUUAAUGACAAGG